AUGGGGGCCAAGUGCCUGCUGCUUUACCACCCGCCGCAUGGCGGCACGCCGACCACCGCCGACGCUGAGCGGGUCGUCGCGGCACUGCAGCGCGUGUGCGCCGUCCACCACAGCAGGCAGCCAGAGCGGCAGCUCGAGGCGCGCUGCUCGCAGCUCAGCCAGGCACCGGCGCGCGACAUGACGACCGUGACUCAUCCGCGAUCCCUCGCUGACCUCUGGCUGCUGCAGCUGCCCCGAGACGCCCCAGACCGCGUGUUCCUCUGCAAUCUCAAGGCGCGACAGGUCGUCGAGGCGGACGCGUCCAUUGCCACGGCCCUGCUGGACAAGCGGCUCGAGUACAGGACUAAGGCAAACCUCCUGCUAGCGUCCCGCACGUGGCAGCUCGGGGACCGCCGCGGCUCCGACGCGAGCGUGAAGCUGCUGCAGCUGCAGGUGCACGGGCAGGCGCCGCUCGCGAUCGCCCUGGAGGUGGCAUACCACCCGCUGGGAAGCUGCUCGGUAGCCGAGCCCGUGCUGCGGGAGCUGGCGGGGACGCUGAUGUCAGCGCUGGAGGGCACGCCGGACGCGGGCAGGCGCGUGGUCCGGCUGGAGGUGCUGCCGCCCCCCUGGGAUGACUACGCGGCCUGGCUGCCCCCAGAGGCGUCCGCAACCCACAGCGCGGCGCUGUACGCGUCCAUGGUGGUGGCGGUGCUGCGGGAGCGCAGCCAGUCGGCGAUCGCGGCGCGCAAGGCUGCCGGGCAGUAG